GACGCCGUGGAAAGUCAGUAGAGGCGCGGGUGGAGCGAAGAGUGCAUAGCGCCCCCCGCGGUCUAGGGGUCCUGCCGCGGCUGAGAGUUAGUAGAUUCGUCCCGCUCGGAUCGGAGCGGUAGAAGCCCCCCAGUGCCUGUCAUCAUGUUGGUACCUCUGACGAAGCUGUCCAGCCCGGCACAUCAGUGUUUACAUGCCCUAAAAAUAGUCAAGAAGGAUUGUCUGCUACACCCUGGUGCUGCAAGAUGGGCUUCAUCUUCUGGGGUGCCUCGUAUCACCACGCACUAUACAAUCUGUCCUCGGGAGAAAGACAGUCGAUGGGAAGGGGUGAACAUGGAAAGAUUCGCAGAAGAAGCUGAUGUAGUAAUAGUUGGUGGAGGCCCUGCUGGUCUCUCUGCAGCUAUUCGUCUAAAACAGUUGGCCGCUAAACAUGAAAAAGAAAUUCGAGUAUGUCUAGUGGAGAAGGCUGCUCAGAUAGGAGCCCAUACUCUCUCUGGUGCUUGUAUUGAACCGUCUGCUCUUGAAGAACUCUUCCCAGACUGGAAAGAGAAAGGGGCUCCACUUACCACUCCUGUAACAGAAGACAAAUUUGGAAUUUUAACAGAGAAAUUUAGAAUUCCUGUGCCAAUACUUCCAGGUCUUCCAAUGAAUAAUCAUGGAAAUUAUAUUGUGCGCUUAGGCCAUUUGGUUAGUUGGAUGGGACAGCAAGCAGAAGAGCUUGGUGUUGAAGUGUACCCAGGGUAUGCAGCUGCAGAGGUCCUAUAUCAUGAAGAUGGCAGUGUAAAAGGAAUUGCUACUAACGAUGUAGGCAUACAGAAGGAUGGAGCACCAAAGGAUACAUUUGAAAGAGGACUAGAGCUACAUGCCAAAGUCACCGUUUUUAGUGAAGGUUGUCACGGACAUCUCGCCAAGCAGCUGUAUAAGAAGUUUGACUUGAGGGCCAAUUGUCAACCCCAGACCUAUGGUAUUGGGUUAAAGGAGUUAUGGAUUAUUGACGAAAAGAAUUGGAAACCAGGAAAAGUAGAACACACAGUCGGUUGGCCCUUAGACAGACAUACUUAUGGAGGUUCUUUUCUCUACCAUUUAAAUGAGAGUGAGCCAAUGGUAGCUCUUGGUUUUGUGGUUGGUUUAGAUUAUCAAAAUCCAUACCUAAGCCCUUUUAGAGAGUUCCAGAGGUGGAAACACCAUCCUAGCGUUCAGCCAACCCUGGAGGGUGGGAAAAGGAUUGCGUAUGGAGCCAGAGCUCUCAAUGAAGGUGGCUUUCAGUCUAUACCAAAACUCACCUUCCCUGGUGGAGUGCUAAUUGGCUGUAGUCCUGGUUUCAUGAAUGUUCCUAAGAUCAAAGGUACCCACACUGCAAUGAAAAGUGGCAUUUUGGCUGCAGAAUCCAUUUUCAGCAAACUAACCAGUGAGAAUCUCCAGUCAGAAACAGCAGGACUCCAUGUGCCUGAGUAUGAGGACAACUUGAAGAAAUCAUGGGUGUGGAAGGAACUUUAUGCUGUUCGAAACGUCAGGCCUUCCUGCCAUUCACCAUUGGGUUUGUAUGGAGGGAUGAUUUACACUGGAUUGUUUUACUGGAUAUUGAGAGGAAUGGAACCAUGGACAUUGAAACAUAAAGGUGCUGACUCUGAUCAACUAAAGCCAGCUAAGUUUUGUAGACCUAUUGAGUACCCAAAACCUGAUGGACAGAUCAGUUUUGACCUCCUCUCCUCAGUGGCUCUUAGUGGUACUAAUCAUGAAGAGAACCAGCCACCACACUUAACACUGAGGGAUGACAGUUUACCUGUCGAUAGGAAUUUGAUGAUAUAUGGUGGACCAGAACAACGAUUCUGUCCUGCAGGAGUUUAUGAAUUUGUUCCUUUGGAAAAGAGUGUUGGAUUUCGAUUACAGAUAAAUGCUCAGAACUGUGUCCAUUGCAAAACAUGUGAUAUUAAAGAUCCAAGUCAGAAUAUUAACUGGGUGGUACCAGAAGGUGGUGGAGGACCUGCUUACAAUGGAAUGUAAUGUUAAUCUCACUUGAUUUCAUUUAUCGGUGGUUUGCUUGAUGGGUAGUUCCCUAACAUUUUAUAGUAAACAUAGAUUCAAGUUAUUUUUUUAAAAAUACUUAUGAAAUUACCCUGCAGCCUGCUAUUAAUGAAAAGGUUGAGCUUCCCAUGAAGUUAAAAGCAUGACUCUAUCGAACUAAAGUAAUUUUUUUUUUUACAAAUUAAAGAGAAUCGAGAAAGAAGAGAGGAGAGAAAUGGGACAUUAUGAGAGGAGGAAGGGGGGAUUAUGAGAUGAAGAAAAUCAGAAAGGGCUGUAGUAGGCAUUCAGGUAUGGACUAGGUGAUGUGUACAGUUCCUUCCCACUUAGACCUGUUUAAUUCUUCAGACAAGUGCCAUAGGUCAAUUGUACUAUCAUGUAUGAAGUUGACUAGCUUUCAAUGAGUCACACUUUUUCUAUGGGUGAAUAACUUGGGGGAUUUGAAGCCUGAAAACCAACAUAUCAUCAUCAUCAUCAUCAUCAUCAUCAUCAUCAUCAUCAUCAUCAUUAUAUUUCCCCUUGGAUUUCAAUGAAUGAAUCAUUUUUAAGUUAUCCAGUCUAUACUAAAUGAAGAUUACAUGAAAUUUCUCUGCAUUAAAUUCUAGUUUGUCAAAGACACUAUAUGAACAGAUUACAUACAGACAGUGACAAUUAGAAAUCCAGAUUGCUAUAUUAACUGCGAAAAGCUCAGUGAAGUAUUAUAUUAUGAAAAUUAAAGCUGACUUUUUUUUUCCUUCACUUACUUUACACAGAAAUGUAAAUCUCUUUCCAGGUUAUGGAAUGGUUAUGACAUAUAAAAAAAAUUUUAUGUGAACUGUGCAGAAAGCUGUUGUAAAAAUUCAAGAUUUCAUACUAUUUUGUAACAGUUUUGUUAAAAAAUAAUUCUUAUCUACUUCUAGACUGUAAGAUGUAGGGAACUCUAAGUUCAGUAUUUGUUGCAGGCUUGUAUUAUGGAACAAAUGCAAUUUCCAAGGACACCCUUAAGGUCCUUAAUAGACUUCAUGCUGCCUUUGUACAAUCAGUGCAUACUAUUUAAACAAAAACAAUGUUCCUAAGUAAACAUUUUUUGGUAUAAGCUGCAUUAUCUUUAUCCUUCUGUGCCUUAGUCUGUUUGGCCUUUUGCAUUUCUGCCUCAGCGGCUAUAAAAUAAACAUCAAUCAUUUAUAACAUCUGUUAAACAUAGACUGUUUUCUGCCUGUGUAAAAGGAAGGGGUAAAAAUGUAGUCGAGGUCAGUGAGUGUUUCAUGUCUUUGUCUUUUCAAUCAUUAGCUAAACAAGUUUUAGGAACUGGAAUAAGAAAAGACAGUUAUAUUGGUAAUUUUGAAAAGAAUUUUCUUAAAUUGGAAAUUGCUCAAGUUGCCUCUUUUAAAACCCACCUGUUAAUCUUUAGGGGGAAAUGCCUGAUUUCUUACCAGGGCCGCCUUUUUGGUGAUAUUCUCCAGUUUUCCCUUUCUCUAUUCUGUAAUAACAUACAAGUACACAAGCAACUCUAGGAGCAAGCGGAGUAGGGUAGCUGAAGGAAUGCCAGCUGUGGUGUCAGGCUAGCUGGGUUCUCUACCUGGCUUUCCCAUUUACCUCUUGGAUUUACCUCUCUAAGCUUACUUUCCUAAUCAGUAAAAUGGGCAUAAUCAUACUUCCCACAGCCUGGCUCACAAGAUCGUAAUGACAAAAAUGCAUUAUGAAUGUUAAAGCACUAUAAAAAUAAACCGUUAGAGGGCAGUAUUGUGCCAGAUACUAAUCGGAAAGGCCCCAUCCCAGUGUAGAAGCUGCACCUGUUGUGGUCACUCCUCAAGCUGCAUUGCCAUCUGUCCUUAGGGUACAUGACCAGUGAUGCCCUUUAUCCACAUUCCAAAAAUCACCCACGUUUCAUUAUUCACGACAUUCUCUGGCCACCCAGUUACUAAGUGCACAUGUUAAAGAGCAGGAUGACUGUGCUGUAACUGCUCUGAACCUCAGUGGCUUCUGUUAUCAGGAGAACAUAACACUGUCACUUUUCUUUUAUUGACAGUCACUACCAGAAGUUUUCUCUGCUACUAUUCUGAUAAAACAGCCAAUAAACAUUGAAAAUGAUAAAGGUACACCUUACAGAAACCCCUCAAAACCUGUGUCUGUCUGUGUGUCUAUCUGUGUGUCUGUCCGUGUCUUAAUCUAUCUAUGCCAGAGGCAAAACUAGAAAAAAAAGGCUUGUGUUUAAUCUCAAGUCAGAUAAUAGAAAAAGAAAAGAGUCGUUAAAAAUAUAGCUCUAUUGGAAAUAAUGAUGAAACCUAAGAUUAAAGUAACAACUUGUUCUGAUUUUAAUAAAAUUAUAAUUAUUUUAA